CGCCAGCGUUUUUUCCGGGGUAUACCACUCUUUCUGGGCCUUUCUUUCCCCAACAAUCAUCACGCGACACCAAGGUACUGUCGCCUAGCAUGUGCUUCUACGCCCGCCAGUUCCAGUCAAUGAUCAAGUUCUGGUUGGAUCCUCAGACACCCGUCUUCAAUUGAAGCGUAGCAACUUGUCGAUCAAACAAUUGCCGUGACCAACAAGAUGCAUCGCUUCUCGCGCUCUCGUGGAGAAUCCCAGGAGCCCGAACGCAACGAGGCUCCCAUACCCUCAACCCGUAGUCUCUCACUUCUCUUUCCACCCCGAGAGUCUUUCGAUCGUGCCAACAAGAAUACAAAGACUUCUCCGAACACGCCCAACGAGCCCUUGUACGAUCAAGCCACGACCACUACCUUCCCACUCUCGCCGGACGAGGAGCCUAGAAUUAUAAUAGCCCAAGAUGACACUGGUGUCUCGAUCGACCGCCUUCUCUUCGACUCCAACUGGUCACGCAAGGCCAACAGAGCCACCACCAACGACUUGAACGGCGAGUCGAAGAGUUUUUCUUUUAGGCCAUCCUCGUCGGCUGGCCCGACAUCUCCAACCAGCAGUGGCUUUCUGCGCACCCAGCCUUCUCGCGGUCACAGAUCUACCAUCUCGGUCGUGUCAGACCGCAAUGCCUCCCCUCCGACUCGUCCGUCCAUGCCGCGCCUGGACUCAACUUUCGUCCCGUCUACCCAAUUCCGUCGCACGACCACGCCAGCCUCCCUCGCCGACACUCGCAAAGAUCCCAAUACUCCUGUUGAGAACACCGCUGAAGAGAUGGAUUCAUGGUUAGACUGCAUGUUUGGAAAGGCUCCAAUGCGAUACAAGGGUCCCGUCACAAAGCUCCAUCAUGUUCAACGUCAACCGCCUGACGAGUCACACGACCUCCGCCCAAGGUCAUCACCCCGGGGAGGAUUUGGUUCAUAUUCAGCAAAGGACAGUUCCCCACUACGACCUAGCUCCAAAGGAUCGAGCAAGCGGAAAAAAGAUGCCUUGCUCGUGUGCACGACUUUUUGUGUCAACAUACACGAUGAAGACCUCCCCGAACAGUUGCAACAAUCUAGCUCUGUUCAUGGAGGCCGUCGGUCAUGUACAAGGAAGAAGCGCUUCAGCACGCCUAUGUUCGGCGUAGCCAUUCUCCUCCCACUCGCAAGCCCAAAUCAAUCCUCGGAUGUAAACGGAUCACAGGGUCAGCUUUUGGACGAGCAAAACCCCGUACAGGCUAUCCUGAAUGAUUGGCAUGUAUACGCCAGAGCUCUGGAUGCUCUGAGAACCACUGCUCUGGUACAGAUCCAACAGAGACUUCGCUUGAAGGUUGAGGCCCUGGCUCGCUCCAAAGUCGCCAUGUCGCCUGCUGUUCCUCGCCUAGUCAAACUUGAACCGAGUGCUUUUGAGCAUACUCCGCAGAUUGUUGAGAUGUCUUCUGCAGUCAUAGAUCGCAUCUCGCGUAGCUACCAAGUGCUACAAGCCGGGCCACAACGCGAUUGGAGUAUAUGGCGAGACGAGUUGCGAGAUUACACACGCGUUUCGCAGGACGCAGAUUCAAAACGAGGCUUCUUCAAUCUGCACAAAAUCAACUUCAUGCAAGCAGCACUGACGGCAGCCCUGAGUGUGGAUCUCGGCUGGCUGAACAUCUUUGCCCCUCCCCAACACCAAGCUCGUCUGCGUGAAGAACGCCAGAAGGCCCAAAAGACUUUUGAUGCGGCUCAAAAUCGCACCGUCAUCGUGAGCAUGGAUCAGAACAAGGCUCGCAAUCUUGUCUUCAUUUUCUCAAAGCUGUUUCCUUGCCCGGCAUCAGAAGCACACUUUGAUGGCUUGAGACGCAAUUCUUCGAACAGCCUGACUUCACCCAGCAGUCGUGUUUCUGCACUCACCCAAGGCUUAAAAGGUGCAGAGUAUGCCCCGCAAGAAAGCAAGACUAACGGUCAUGCCAAUGGCCACAUGAAUGGGCACAACAUGGACGAUGCACCUCGCACUCCCACGAUCUUCGAGCCAGUCAUUCAAGAUUCACCAAGUACGUCUCCAGCGAAGACACUGGCCAUCAAUAACUCGGUGUCGAAAUCGACACGCAAGCCCAGUCUUGUAAGCACUUCCGGCAAGAUCGAUAUACCAAGCAAAGCUACUAUGGCAGUGCCAAUCAGUGCACCAGCGUCGAGUCGCAACACGCCUUCUGGCUCACCAGAAACGCGUCCGAGUAGUAGUCUGAAUGCACAGGGAGAUCUUAUGCGCCAUUUGCAACGCGCAAGCAGUACCACCACCAGCAACGGCAGUACUACCGAUAACACCAGCUUGUGGAACAGCUUCAGAAGCAGCACGUGGAGUCUGAAGCCUCGGCGUGAAUCGUUUCUGACCGAAAGAAGUGACAGCUUUGCCAGCAGCGGACAGCGUGAACAACCCGCAGGCAUCCUGAAGACCAGCAAAAGCUUCGCAGCUCGUCAGAGUCAGAACAAGUUAGUGCGCAUGGUAGAGGAAGUGCACGGCAUGGAGGACUCGGACGAGAGCAACAGUCAACAAGCUUCAAGAAGAAGGAAAGCCCCCCCGCGCAUUUCACCAAUCACCAUGGCUCAUAAGACUUCUGCUCUGCAGUUUGACCCACCUGACUCUGACUAUGCCGAAAUAGCUUACACGUACAACCAGGAUGAAGGUAUUGUCGAUGUUGACUUCCCUGGAUGCACCCCCAUGGUUGGUGCGAUCCGCAGCAACUCUCCAAAAGUACCUAGAUUCAAGGUCCCUAGCAGCAAACGCCAAUUUCCCCUCCAUCGGGCCCCCUUGCAAGAAAGCGGCAAGGAUCAAGGAUCGCACAACUCCCAAGGAUUCGCUCGCUACGACAGAGUUGCCGGGUAUCUUGGAAAGUUCCAUCCCGACUUUGCUUUGCAAGCCACAAGACCUUAUGCGGAGCUGAUCGAUGAGAUCAAAUGUGCAAUGCGAGCGGAGCCGUCGCCAAUGGUCGAGCCUUCGGAAAAUCUCAGGGUCUUCAGCCAAGAAACAUUGAUCGACGUUUGUUCGACAGUCAUCAUGGAUGCCGAGGCUCUGACAGUGAAGAGGUUGACGUUGCGUAGACGUGUUCGGUACAAGCUGAUCGUGCCUGACGAGUCGCCCAACCUUCCGAGACACCUCACCACUGCCAAUGGAAGGAAACAGUCCAUCAGUUCUUCUAAUGGAAGUGGAUCGGACCACGAUAGUCAGAUCAAGGUCAUCAAGUCGGACGAUAUGGACUCGAUCAAACGUACCUACAAGCGCAAUGACGACGGAAAGAAGACUGGGUUCCGCGACCAGAGAAUCCUCAAAACAGACCUUCCAAACGGUGGUGAUCCCAACGGAGAAGUCAAUAACCACGUCGCUGGCCGACAUUCGAUCGACGCUCUGGGCAACGCUUCGUCCGUGGUUCCAAAUGGCUCAGAAACUCGGUCUUCCAGCGCCCAGUCAUCGCGUACUAACGGCAGCCGGGUUGACUCACCUAUGAUGGUGAAAGACCAGUCUACGCUGCUUGACCAUCGUCCUAGCGGCUCUGUCGUUGUCGGGGAGGAUCUGUCUGAGUUUAUUGACCAUCGCAAGACCAACAGCUGUCCGGAUAAAGAAGCACCAGCGGUGAUGACAGCCACAAAGCGAGUUCCUAUCCACAACAAGGAAGGUAAAAUCAGUGGCUGGAAAGAGGUUUGUACCAAUGGGCCCGUCGAGCCCGGCGUGAAUGACCUUCCAACCAGUUUUGUGGAAAAGCGCCGCGACAAAGCAGCAGCAGUCGUUGAAUGCCAGACUCUUUCCGAGAAGUUCGAUGAAGAAACCAUCAGUAAGCCUGAUUCUGCUGUGGUCGGUCUUUUGCAACAGAUGCUCGCUACAAGUGAGACGCGUUCGCGUGGCCACUCUCGCGCAAAUUCGGUCCACAGUCGUGCUCCUAGUCGCUCAAACUCCAUCAGUGGAUCAGGCCUUACUGAGCUCCAAUACGAGAGCAAGAAGAUCAUCGAAGACGCGCUAGAGGGUCUUGUCAGUACUGUGGCUUCCGACAAAUACACCUCGCACAACGCUUCUUCCGGCGGCAUCUUCAGCUUUGCCCGAAGUGCUGUUUCUACGCCUGAACCUUCUGUCCUCCGUCAGAGCAUCUCCAAGUGGAUGUACGAAGAGGCUUGAGGCGUGCACUAUUACACCCCCUCUCACACCAACCCAAAUUUGGUGCUCUAUUUUCCUGCUAUGCUGUGCGUAGCUUUAUUAACUUCUUCGCAUUGCGGGCAACAUGUAUUAUAUCAUUUUCUCCAUUUUCCUUUAUCUUUUCCGCAUAUCUUUUGAGCGUAUUUUGUUCUCGAAUUAUGUUGUACUACAGCUCAAUCGGCUGGUCUCGAAUUAGCUAUCUAUCACAUCUUUGCAUCC